CCACCCUUGCUCUUUUGCAUUCCGUAUAACUGUAUUACUUCCCGCCUUGUCACACCCUUCCCUUUCCACCUUGGCCGACCAAGAACCUCCCCUCCACCACUCUCCUCACACACAACCUGUUGAUUGAGUGAGCAUCCAGGGUCGACGUUGUUCCCACAUCGACACCUCAACGACCACUCAACUCGGAGUUGAUCGGCUUCGCCACAGUCGUUCGCGAUGGCGUCGUCCACGUCCGAGGUGCCUGUGGCCCAAGCCGAAACCUUCCCGGACGGCACCACCGACCACGUUCCUCUGCGGAAGAAGACUUACGAUCUCCGCAAGCCUCACAUCACAGAGCAGCCGAUAACAUGGGGCAAUUGGUACCAACACGUCAACUGGCUCAACACCUACUUCAUCAUCGUUGUGCCUAUGAUUGGCCUGGUCUCUUCGUACUGGAUCUCCCUGCACUACAAGACGGCCAUCUUCGCUGUCGUCUAUUACUACUUCGCCGGUCUCGGAAUUACUGCCGGCUACCACCGUCUGUGGGCUCACUCGAGCUACAAGGCGUCCCUUCCCCUCAAGAUUUUCCUCGCCGCCGGUGGCGCUGCCGCCGUUGAGGGUAGCGCUCGCUGGUGGUCCAGCCUCCACCGCUCCCACCACCGCUACACCGACACCGAGAAGGACCCCUACUCCGUCCGCAAGGGUCUGCUCUACAGCCACAUCGGGUGGAUGGUCAUGAAGCAGAACCCCCGCCGCAUUGGCCGUACCGACAUCACCGACCUGAACGACGAUGCCGUUGUUGUUUGGCAGCACCGCAACUACCUCAAGUCGGUGCUGACCAUGGCCCUGAUUGUGCCCACUCUUGUCUGCGGUCUCGGCUGGGGCGACUUCUGGGGCGGCUUCGUCUACGGUGGUAUCUUGAGAAUCUUCUUCAUCCAGCAGGCUACUUUCUGUGUCAACAGCUUGGCUCAUUGGCUCGGCGACCAGCCCUUCGAUGACCGCAACUCACCGAGGGACCACGUUAUCACUGCUCUUGUCACCCUCGGCGAGGGCUACCACAACUUCCACCACGAGUUCCCCAGCGACUUCCGUAACGCGAUCGAGUGGUGGCAGUAUGACCCUACCAAGUGGUUCAUCUGGACCAUGAAGCAGCUCGGCCUCGCCUACAACCUCAAGACCUUCCCCCAGAACGAGAUCGAGAAGGGCCGUGUGCAGCAGCAGCAGAAGAAGCUCGACCAGAAGCGCUCCACUCUCGACUGGGGUAUCCCUCUCGAGAGCCUCCCCGUUGUCAGCUGGGACGAUUUCGUCGAGCAGUCUAAGAACGGCAAGGCCUGGAUCGCCGUUGCUGGUGUCAUCCACGACGUCGGCAAGUUCAUUGCUGAUCACCCUGGCGGCAAGGCGCUUAUUUCGUCGGCCGUCGGCAAGGACGCCACCGCCGUUUUCAACGGUGGUGUCUACAGCCACUCGAACGCCGCCCACAACCUGCUCUCGACUAUGAGAGUCGGUGUCCUCAGGGGUGGCUGCGAGGUGGAGAUCUGGAAGCGCGCCCAAUCCGAGAACAAGGAUGUCAACGCAGUCACCGACUCAUCGGGUCAGCGCAUCGUUCGCGCCGGCGACCAAAUCACCCGUAUUGGCCGUCCCAUUACCACUGCCGACACCGCAUGAGCGAGGCAGUCGGCGCAUUUGAAGGAGAAAUAUGUCACAGUUGGGCCCUUAAUACCGGCCAGUCGGAAGAGUUGGCUGGCCCCGGGGUGCCUGUUUUUCCUCGACUUUAGACAGCUGUGGUGGCACGCGUCAUUGUUAAAAAAAGUACUCAUUUGCUUUGGGGUCCUUUUCGGCGUUAUGAGACGAUGGGUCAUGGGCUUGGAGUUUUCCGUCAAUCACGACGUGGUAUGGGCAUCGGCAUGGUUUUAUAGGCAUUAACGAAACUUUGAAUGUGAAAGAUAAAAAAUGACAUCAACAACACUUACUCGCGUUUCCCGAAGAA